AUGGUUCAUCUGUCUGCCACCUCCCUGCUUUUGGCAGCGGGAAUCUUGCCCAAUCUUGCCCUCGGUGCCGGAUUGAACGACGCUGCCAAAGCAAUCGGACAGGUCUACUUCGGAUCCGCUACCGACAAUCCUGAACUGAGUGAUUCUGCCUACGUCAAGCAGCUCAGCAACACAGCCGAUUUUGGCCAGAUCACGCCUGGAAACUCCCAAAAGUGGGAUGCCACAGAGCCAUCGCGAAAUUUCUUCACCUUCUCUGGAGGUGACACUGUUGCCAAGUUGGCUCAGUCCAAUGGCCAAAAGCUGCGAUGCCACAACCUGGUCUGGCACAGCCAGCUUCCUAGCUGGGUUACCAACGGCAACUUCAACAAUGCGACGUUGAUUUCCAUCAUGAAGAACCACAUCACCAACCUGGUCCAGCACUACAAAGGGCAGUGCUACGCGUGGGACGUCGUGAACGAGGCUCUGAACGAGGACGGAUCAUAUCGCCAGAGUGUUUGGUAUAACACCAUCGGCCCGGCCUACCUCCCCAUCGCCUUUGCCACUGCUGCUAGUGUGGACCCUACUGUCAAACUCUACUACAAUGAUUACAACAUUGAGUACUCCGGCGCCAAGGCCGCCGGUGCCCGAAGAAUUGUCGAGCUUGUUCAGUCCUACGGUGCCAAGAUCGACGGAGUUGGUCUCCAGGCUCACUUCAUCGUCGGCAGCACCCCCAGCAAGGACGACCAAAAGAAGGUCAUGGCCGGUUACACUGCCUACGGAGUUGAGGUUGCCAUCACGGAACUUGACAUUCGUAUGAACUUGCCCUCGACCAAUGCGCAGCUCACCCAGCAGGCCACCGACUACAGCAACACCGUCAGCGCCUGUGUUGAGACCAAGAACUGCGUCGGUAUUACCAUCUGGGACUGGACUGACAAGUACUCCUGGGUUCCAAGCACUUUCUCUGGACAAGGCGCGGCCUGCCCCUGGGACUCCAACUUCCAGAAGAAGCCUGCCUACAACGCUAUUCUGAACGCCCUGAACGCUGGCAGCAGCACCGGCGGUGGCUCACCCACUACCACCACCACCACCACUGCCGCCGCGACGACCACCACUGCCCCCGGUGGAAGCGGAUCUACUGGUGGCAUGGCUCAGCACUGGGGACAGUGCGGUGGUAACGGCUGGACUGGCCCUACUACCUGCGCCAGCCCCUACACUUGCCAGGCCUCCAACCCCUGGUACUCUCAGUGCUUGUAA